CUGCAACAGCGAUGCUAUUCCGAAAAUGGCGGAGGUGUGUGAUAACCGAAAGAGUUUUAUUAAAAAUGUUAAAUGAUUAGAAGGGAAGAAGUUGAGAAAUUUAAAAGUUAGCUAUGAUCGAAGAUUCAGCAGUGGAGGAUGAGCAGUGCCUUCAUAUGGGCAACCUUUAAGCUGGGUGCAUUGUGAUUUCCAAUAAUUGAGACAGUGAAUUUUAAAAAGCUGUCUACAUUAAUGAAAAGAACAAUGUAGUCAGCUUAGCGUAUUCAUCACUUUACUUGACCAGUAAGAGAAUGUGUUUUGAGUUACGACGAAUGUAUUGCUGCAUGCACACAAGUAAGCUAAAAGCUUUUAACAGGCACAGAAAGAUUUAGGUUUGGGUUUGUUUUUAGUUCCCCCCCCCCUCUCCUCAUAGUAGUGUAUUCCUGCAUAUUUAGUUUCAGUUCAACUUUUGAGCAGAUUUUCUAAGUUGUAAACAGAAUGGAAGGUAGCGAGCUUUUACCCCCCCUGCCGUUGGACCCGCCCGAGGGUGAGGGCUCGGAGGGCUUUAUUUGCGCAGCGCCUCCACCACCUCCCCUGCAAACGUCCAGUGAGGCAGAAGAGAUGGACGUUGGCUCUGGUGGUGAUGGACACACACACGGGGACGGGGAGACGGCCGCGGCCGAGGCCUUUCAGCUUCACGUGAGCAGGGCGAACGAGGAGAGCGAGGCCCCUAGCAGCGCUUCGUGCCCCAGAACGGGCCGACACGCGCCCCCCGUCACCAAGUUCCUCCCCGACCUAAAGCUACUGAAGGACGUUAAGAUCAGCGUCAGCUUUACCGAGGCUUGCAGGAGCAAAGACAGGAAGGUGUUAUACACAGGGGUAGGGCAGGAGGGAGAGGGCAGAGCGGAGGGCAUGAACGGUGAGUUGUACGAGGUCCCCGAGCCGGGGGAGGCUGGCCAGGCAGGUGUAGGUGCGGGUAACGCCGAUGAUGCGGUCCCCACCGACGGGGGGGUAAGGAGAACGGGAGAGGAGAGAGAGGGCGACUCGGAGAACAAAGUGGAGUUUGCGGUGCUGGACGAGCUGGAGGAUUUCACUGAGAAUUUUCUGGAGACUGAAGACGGAGACCAGGUUGGGUUCAGGUCUCAGGGGAUAGUGCAGCAAGAGCAAGCGGACGAGGAGGUCCUCAACUACUCUUACGAGGAGGACUUUGACAACGAUGUGGACGCACUGCUGGAGGAGGGCAUGCCGGUGCCCAAGAAGAUGCGAUUGGCCGAGGACAAGUACGGAGGGGACAGUGACCACCAAUCAGAUGGGGAGAUGGGUGUCCAGCCCAUGAUGACCAAAAUUAAAACUGUCCUGAAGAGUCGUGGACGUCCGCCUACUGAGCCACUACCCGAUGGAUGGAUCAUGACAUUCCAUAAUUCCGGCAUUCCAGUUUACCUUCACAGGGAAACCAGAGUAGUGACCUGGUCUCGACCGUACUUCCUGGGAACAGGGAGCAUCAGGAAACACGACCCCCCGACCAGCAGCAUCCCCUGCCUGCACUAUAAGAAGAUGAAGGAUCAGGAGGAGCGGGAGCACAACGGGGAGGUGACCCCCGUCUCCGAGAAGUCCCCCGCCAAGCCGGCCGAGAGCAUGGAGGUGAACGGGGCGGGGGAGGAGCCGGACUCCACGGCCCCCGAGGAGCCGCCCGGCGGGCCCUCGGGCGAGGGGGAGGACCCCGCAGACGGGGUGGGGGGUCCUGGGGAGGAGACGGCGCCGCCUGUAGUGACCCACGCCUGCGAGACAGCCCAGGGCGCUCUGGGACAGGUCAAGGCCAAGGUGGAGGUCUGCAAGGAUGAGUCUGUGGAGAUCGAGGAGUUCCGCGGGUACCUGGAGAAGUGCUUCGACUUCGAGCAGGUGACGGUGAAGAAGUUCCGCACGUGGGCGGAACGCCGGCAGUUCAACAGGGAGAUGAAGCGGAAGCAGGCCGAGUCGGAGAGGCCCAUCCUACCCGCCAAUCAAAAGCUCAUCACACUCUCCGUGCAGGACGCGCCCACUAAGAAAGAGUUUGUCAUCAAUCCAAAUGGGAAAUCGGAAGUGUGUAUACUUCAUGAAUAUAUGCAACGCGUUCUUAAGGUCCGACCGGUUUAUAACUUUUUUGAAUGUGAAAACCCAAGCGAACCCUUUGGAGCUUCGGUCAUAAUCGAUGGAGUCACGUACGGAACUGGAACUGCGAGCAGUAAAAAACUUGCCAAGAAUAAAGCUGCUCGAGCAACACUGGAGAUCCUUAUCCCCGACUUUGUGAAGCAGACCACAGAGGAGAAGCCCAUGGAGGGCGAUGAGCUGGAGUAUUUUAAUCACAUCAGUAUUGAAGACUCGAGGGUUUACGAGCUGACCAACAAGGCUGGUCUGCUGUCGCCAUAUCAGAUUCUUCAUGAGUGCCUUAAGAGAAACCACGGGAUGGGCGACACCAGCAUCAAGUUUGAGGUGAUCCCCGGGAAGAACCAGAAGAGCGAGUACGUCAUGACCUGCGGGAAGCACACCGUGCGGGGGUGGUGUAAGAACAAGCGCGUGGGGAAGCAGCUGGCCUCUCAGAAGAUCCUGCAGAUGCUGCACCCCCACGUGAAGAACUGGGGGUCCCUGCUGCGCAUGUACGGCCGAGAGAGCAAUAAGAUGGUGAAAAAGGAAAAUUCGGAUAAAAGUGUGAUUGAACUUCAGCAGUAUGCCAAAAAGAACAAGCCAAAUCUUCACAUCCUGAACAAACUGCAAGAGGAGAUGAGGAAACUGGCAAAAGAGAGGGAAGAGACCAGGAAGAAGCCAAAAAUGACAAUAAUGGAGUCAGCUCAGCCUGGUAGCGAGCCUCUCUGUACUGUUGAUGUGUAGAGAACUGCAACCAAUCGACACACGGCACUGACCAAUGGUAUCCAUUUUCACUGUCCAAAAGAAAAAAAGGCCACACCCACGUGCUUGAAUAUCGCCUCAUUAUGCAGAGUGUAACGGCAAUACAAACAUGAAUAUUUAGGAGACCUCGUAUCGUAACCCGAGCAGUUACCAAGCUGUUCUUUCUAACGUUUUGGUGUGCAUAUUUUUACACACGUCAAUAGAUAAGAACAGGUUUAAUGCACUAAAAAAAGUAUAGCUUGAACAUGCGAUAUCCUCUAUACAGCACUUUCAGUCCCCCUCCCCCCUACUGACGAGCCACAGCUUUUGCUGAAAAUAACUUAAUUUGAGAUUUUUUUCUUAAUUUCCUUUCCUUCCAGACUUGAGUGGUCUGAGUCGAAAUAUAAAAUAUAACCACGAGUCUGCAGAUGCAAGCAAACAUUCACCUCGUUGGUUUCACUUUGAAUAAUUCAGACUUUGGCAAUAGGCGCUUAAAUCAUCAUUGGAUUUUUCCUUUGUGUUGACCACACUGAUAAAAUAUAGUUUCUGAGUUCCUUCAAAUACAAUAGGUCUCAAAAUUGGUUUUCCGGUAAUUAUAUUGAGUUUAUAGAAACAAAGUGAAGUGAGCUUGUGUAGGUGGUCUUACAGUGUCUUGAGUUCCUGUAGAAUUUCACCCUCCGAGGUACGGCCCUGAAAUUCGGUAGUUCACCGGUGUGCCAGACCUUUUCUGCUGGCUGACAGUGUACAUAGCGUGGACAACGCAUAUUAAAGUAGGAUUUGAAAAUGGAAGCUGUGGAAUAUGAGCUCUUCGGAGCGGCCUGCUAUGGUCUUCAUUCGCACAUUUUAAAACGAAAGGCAUCGUCAGUAACUAUAAGAUUGUCUAUAUUCAAGUGCGUCAUUGAGUUUGCAGAGCAACCAAGUUUAGAUUUUUUUUUUUUUGUUGUUGAAAAGACGAUAUUCCGUACUUAUAUUUACAAGAAAUGCAUAUUUGUGGGGGAAAAAGGGUACUGAAGGGGAAAUUGUCUCGGAUUAAGUGAAAGCUAGUUUUUUGUGUUCUAGAUAAAGAGAAAAAUAUAUAUACAUUAUAGAAUUAUUGAUUGCCUUUUUUGUUCCGGAAAUGCAGGAUGACACAUAUCAGUGGUUGGCUGUAACGCUGAUCGAACAAGCUAAGUCUUGCUUUCCGUAUUUGGCACUGCAGAAAACGCAAGCACAAAGGCUUGAGGUACUGUAGUCUGGGAGAGGGAGAGGGUCUCUACGGAGCGGAUACAAGGGUUCGGUUGGUCACGUCGAUUUAACCUUCUCACUUUUUUUUUUUCUUUCUCUUUAUUGCAUUGAUGGGUAGCUUAUUUAACAUUUAACUUUUUUUCUUUUUUUUCUUUAACUUGGAUUUACUUCUCGUUACAGAGUGGCCAAAAUAUUCUUAGUGUAGACGGAGCUACUUCUGGUACAGCUUUGGUUUAAUUGCAACUUGGGGAAAUGAACACGUCUGGAUGUGGUUUUCUCCGUAACAGGUCACAGGGGGUGUGAAAUGCCUUAGGUUAACCUGCGUCACUAAGGGCUACCUUUGUGAACACAAGGAAAACACGGGUCUAACAGACCUUUAUUUUGGGGGCGGGGGAGAGGGGGCUUCUAUUCGAGGCUGUGUCAGUGGAGAAGCUGCCCAGGCAUAUAUUCGGUGUGGAGUGAAAAAAUGUCAGUAAUAUUGGUAUUCUGUCUGAACUGCCUUUUAGCAUGUGCUGAUUUUAAUCGUCUUAAUGGGACUGUUUGUUUGUCUGUAUACCGUAUGUGUACGUUCGCCAUUUACGUGACAGUCGAUCAUGUGUAUUCAGAUCUAAUCGAGUUUAAAACGUUAAUGUAUUGAAUAUUUGGAGCAAAGUUUUGUUUCUUUUUCCUUUUUCAAAAGGGGCAACUCUACAAAAAUGAAGGUGGUACUCUAUACCUCGAACAAAACAUUUUCACAACACGAAGUCCCAUAGUUCAAGCAGUGUGAACCAAAGCUUAUAUCCAGUCUUAUGCAUUUUUAUAGAAUUACUGUAGGUUGCUGCACAAUAAAUAUAUACAUUAUAUACAGGAAAGAAAGAUGCAAUAACUGCUGGAACAAAUUAACUGCUGUGCACUGUCGGUGUUGUAUUUUGGUGUGUGCGCGUGCUUUUUCCUUGACGUUUACUGCAUUGGUUCUGGCGUUUUGCCACUGCCCACACACACACACACAGCUGCUGUUUUCACAUUUAGAAUGCUUUAAAGAAUGUGCUUUCUGCAUUACAAUUUGGAGAGAUAGUCUUUGUUUUUUUUUGUCUUUUUUUUGUCUUGCGAAAUUGCGUGUUAGUGUGCAAAAGAGGAGCCUUUUAUACUUGUUACAGUUGGACCCGUAACAGUGUGGAAUUCUUAGCUAAAAGGUAAUGCUGCCUAGGAUAUGAAGUGUCUUGUAAUGUGACUUAAGUUCACUGACUUGACUUCGGUGAAAUUUGUUUAUGCAAAUAAACUGUCUUGACAAA